AUGGCGCUUGAAGCUCUGAAUUCUCCAACUCCCGGACCUGCUCCUUUAUUCCGUCAGGACUCCUUCAAUCAUCUUCGCCAUUUGGAGUCAUGGACUAAAGGAAAACGAUCCAAACGUCCCCGAACUGAUCACCCGCCUACUGAGGAAGAGUACCUCGCUCUAUGUCUCAUGCUUCUCGCUCGUGGGUCUGAUUCUACUCCUCAACCAAUUCGCCGGAGAAUUACAGUCGAUCCACCUGAGAAAAGGAGUCAUCUACAUCAUUCGAAAACUAGUUACAAGUGUAACGUGUGUGACAAGGGUUUUGGUAGUUAUCAGGCUCUCGGUGGCCAUAAAGCUAGUCACAGGAAGAACAACGCCGGUGGAGGUGACGUCAUGGAACAAUACUCCUCCGUCACAACCACCUCAACUACUGCAUCAACUAGCGGUAGUGGGAGGAGUCACGAAUGUUCUAUCUGCCACCGGUGUUUCUCCACAGGACAAGCGUUGGGUGGGCAUAAGAGGUGUCACUACGAAGGUACCGUUGGCGGUGGACACGUCAGCACCGGCGUCACCUCUUCCUAUCAUAGCCAACGCGGUUUUGACUUGAAUCUGCCGGCGUUGCCGGAAAAUAGUUUGUCAGGAUAUGCCGAUGAGGAGGUGGAAAGCCCUCACCCUGCAAAAAGAUCUCGGCUGUCCACUCAGGCGAAGCUCCAGAUGGCCGUAUAUUAUUAG